GUUCUGCAGGAGCAAGCAAUCCGUAAUCGGUGUUGGUUACCAAUUAACAGGGCUGCUCCGCCUGCAACUGGAGCCGUCAUGGAGAAAAGUGGGAACAUUCAAUUGGAGAUUCCUGACUUCAGCAAUUCUGUCCUGAGCCACCUCAACCAGCUGCGCAUGCAGGGCCGGCUAUGUGACAUUGUGGUUAACGUGCAGGGCCAGGCCUUCAGGGCGCACAAGGUGGUGCUGGCUGCCAGCUCGCCUUACUUUCGGGACCACAUGUCACUCAACGAGAUGAGCACCGUCUCCAUCUCGGUCAUCAAGAACCCUACGGUGUUCGAGCAGCUCCUCUCUUUUUGCUACACGGGGAGAAUAUGCCUCCAGCUGGCAGAUAUCAUAAGCUACUUGACUGCAGCCAGUUUCCUGCAGAUGCAGCACAUUAUAGACAAGUGCACACAGAUCUUGGAGGGCAUUCAUUUUAAAAUAAACGUGGCCGAGGUGGAAGCGGAAUUGAGCCACACGAGGCCGAAGCAUCAGGAAAGGCCUCCGGAAUCACAUCGGGCGUCGCCAGCUCUGAAUCGCUCCCUGAGCCCGCACCACAGCACUCCGAAGGGAAGCCGGAUGGGCCAGGUCAGCACCGUGCUGGACAUCCGGGAACUGAGCCCUCCGGAGGAGUCUACAAGCCCCCAGAUCAUCGAGCAGAGCUCAGACGUGGAGAGCAGGGAGCCCAUUCUGAGGAUUAACAGGGCGGGGCAGUGGUACGUGGAGACCGGCGUGGCGGACCACGGGGGGCAGGGUGAUGACGAGGUCAAGGUCCUCGGAGCAGUGCGCAUCAAGACGGAGAACUUGGAGGAGUGGCUGGGCGCCGAGAACCAGCCCUCCGGAGAAGACGGGAGUAGCGCCGAAGAGGUCACGGCCAUGGUGAUCGACACCACGGGCCCCGAAUCCGUGGGACAAGAGAGCUACUCACUAGGCUCAUCGGGGGCAAAAGUGGCCAGGCCCACCAGCACUGAAAUUGACAGAUUUAGCCCUUCUGGGAGUGUGGUUACUGCAAAUGAGCGGUACCGGUCAAAAAGCGAGUCUCCAUGGCGGAUGGAUGAGCCCAAGCAGCCUAGUUCCCAGGUGGAAGAGUCCGCUAUCCUCGGAGUGAGCGGCUAUGUCGAAUAUCUCCGUGAACAGGAGGUGUCCGAGCGGUGGUUUCGCUACAACCCGCGUCUCACGUGUAUCUACUGCGCCAAAUCCUUCAACCAGAAGGGCAGCCUGGACCGGCACAUGCGGCUGCACAUGGGCAUCACACCCUUUGUUUGCCGCAUGUGCGGCAAGAAAUACACCCGCAAGGAUCAGCUGGAGUAUCACAUCCGCAAACACACGGGCAACAAGCCCUUUCACUGCCACGUCUGUGGGAAGAGCUUCCCCUUCCAGGCCAUCCUCAACCAGCACUUUCGCAAGAACCACCCUGGCUGCGUGCCUCUAGAGGGGCCCCACAGCAUCUCCCCAGAGACCACCGUCACGUCCAGAGGGCAGGCCGAAGAGGGGUCUCCGCUCCGGGAGGAAGCCGGCCUGGCUGGGGAGACCGCACAGGGCUCUGUGUCCACCACCGGCCCCGACUGAGGCGGCAGGGUGCCCAAGGAGUGAGGGGGACCCUCGCUGGCUGUAAGCAAGCCCCAACGCGACGGCGAGCUUCUGGCGUCGUUCGGGCCACACCGCUGCUGGACACGUGCUCCCGAGAUGUUGCCAAAAUAGAAAAGAUAAGAUAACAAAGUGCUAAAAGUUUUCCCCCUUUUUCUCUCUUCCUUGGGGAGUGGGAAACAAAAACUGGGUCAACUAACUUCUGAUUCAGGGAUUGACAGCUUUGGGGGGUUAGGAAAAAUAAUAAUAUUAAUAAUAAUAAUUCAGUAGCGAUCAAGGAGGGGCAGCAUUUUAAUUUGGGUGGGGGGCUGUUGGGGUCUAACUGUGGCAAGUGCAGAGCACCAGCUGCUGUUCAUCACAGUUGUGGUCUCCUCGCAGGGGUCAUGGGGGCAAGGACUUGUUAUUCUCCCUUUUGUGCCCCCCCCCCCCGGUCUCCCAGCUAAUUGUUUCUUCAGAAUAGCUGUCUUGGGAGAACCUACCUUGCCGGAGCGUAUUUCAUUUUAUUCGAUGUGUUUUUUAAAUUGACCCGUUACUUAAGGGCUGUCGGGGGUGGGGACUUGCCCGUCUAAGAUGCGCGGCCUUACCUGUUUGUUCUGAGGCUAGCAACCUGUUGAGCAGUAUUUUAGAGGUGACACGAUAUUUAAGUAAAUAAGCUACUGAAAAAGAGGGCAGUGGCUGCAAGGCUGUGCCAUGUAUGUGUGCGUGAUAUUUUCCUUUGCAAAAGGCGGACAGUGCGGAUCGCUUUGCGGUUGCUGCUCAGUCUCUGGGCGUUGCAAAGACUGAAGAAGUGGGAUGAGGUUUCCCGUUAAGACGGUGACUCUGCCCAGAGGCCAUCCUUUGCCUCCCUUGCACUUGAUCUAACAGCAAUAUUUGUAUAUCAAGAUAGUCAGAUCCCGACAGGGAAAGAAAUCUGGUUUGUCUGUCUGUGAGUGUCUCCCUGUUUGGUAUUUUUAUAUGAAAACAUGCAAAAAAAUUUACCUACAUGAGUAAUAAUUUAGGAGAGACACAUUUCUGGUUUCCUACAAGUGAUGGUUAGUGCCCCCUCUUGUGUCAGAUGUAGUAUAAAUGACGUUACUGGGGAGAGAAGGAUGCCGGGUGCCGGUGAAUAUGCACCUGUCUGGGGUUCCCUAAUAAGCCUUCUGUAAAGGAAAGGAAGCGGGUGUAGGAGAGAGAAUCCCGCAGGCACAUGCUUGAGGCUUGCAAAAGAUGAGGCAGAUUAAGCUCUGCUUUGGAGUUGGUCAUAUUGAUGUGCAAAACAAAAACGCAAAGCCACAGGCUUGCCGCUGGUAUAGUGCCAGUACCGCAGGUGGUACCGGACUCAAGAAAUCGGCCAAUGGGUCAAAAAUAAGCUAACCGAGGAAAGAGGAGGCAGGGAGAUGGCUGACAUAAGAGGAGGAAGGAGCGGUCCUUGUAGGAAACCCGCUGGCUCUCUGCCAGGCCUGCCUGUUUAGGCCACAAGUUUUCCUGGUAGUAAAAAUGAGGAUAUUUUCUUAAAUUAUGUUUGCCUGGAGAAAUGCGUGAAAGCUGAUUGUUGCGUAGCCCUGCGUGCACUUUUUGUGUGUUCAUCCCACUUUCCCCUCAUGACAAACUGCGUCCAGCUGCAGCUUCUCUUCGUGGCCACACAAAAGGAAACCGCCGAAACUGCUGACUUGUGACACCUGGAAGAGUUGGACAAGACCCUCCCAGGCACACGCAUCUUCCGGAUCAAAGUGGGGAGGGUGCUAGAGAUGAGUAAGUGCUGCUUCCGUCAAAGCUUUCAAAUCUACCAAAAAGAGACAAUUUACACUAAAGAGCAUCGGAAAAUAUUUCUACUUACUUAUAACAAAGAUUUUAAGCAUUUAAAAAUAGAAUUUUAAAUAUUACCAAACUGUAAGGCCUACAUAUUAUUUAUCUGCACAUACAUAUGAUAUAUAUAUAUAGUUAUAAUGGGAAAGUUUCUCAGCUGAGCUGGUGAUGGCAUAGUGAUAGCUAUCCCCAAAAGAGUUUCCUUCCAGAUGGGAUGAAACAGAAUCCUUCCACGUUUAGGUGACAGAGAGCCGGAGGGGAACUUUGAGUUUGGUAUUCACAGAGCGGUGAGUUUCUUAACCAAGAUUUUAUUACAGUGAUACUGUGAAGAGAGGAGUAGCCAAGUAACUGAGAAUCAUGUCAGCAAUUCCCUACUUGUUGAUGGACUCCUCUUUAUUUAGCCUGGCCAAAUUCAUUAAGCACUGCUUACUUCUUAGCCAGAAAAAUUAAGCUUGUGAAUGGUGUUUUUAAUUGCCACUGUAGAAAGGUAUUAUUUUUAAUUGCAUGCAAAGGAGCCAAUAUUCUUGCCCAGAUCUCAUUAAAAGUGAGGUUUGCAGUUUGUAGCUAAAGUCACUGACCUCAUUGUGACGGAAGGCUAAAGCAAUGUUUAGCAUUAGAGGAAUAAGUCUUUGUGAGAUCUGAGCUCUUGUAUUCCCACUUCCUCCAAGCAGUCAUAAGGAGUUUGGAAGUGUUGCUUUAAUUUCUGAUUAACCCGAAGCUGCUUGUGUUUAAUCUUAAGGAUAGCUUGUUGAAACAAGCCGACUGCAAUCCGCACUUUAUGGAUCUGGCUUGUUUCAAUAACCUGUAACCACAGUUAAUUCAGCUAUUGACCUAAACUGCUGUUAAUUUAAGGGAAGUAGACGCUCCCACGCAGGGCAGGACAUGCGUGCUCACGUGCUUUGCUUUCAGGGGGUUUGCUCCCUUUGGGCUAAACCACCAUUUAGCAUUAGGUCUGAGUGCAGCCACUGUAUGGAAGGGAGCGGGGGGGGGGGGUUUGUGUUUGUGCAAAGGACUAAAACUGAUCUUUGUCGGUUGUCAGAUCCCGUCUUUUCGCAAAAUUAGGGCACUGCCAAAAUAUUCUGGGCCUCAGGCUUUUUCAAAGAGCAAGUUCUCAAACUGGAUGGUAAGAGAAAUUGCUGAGAAUGUGCAUAGUCCACAGAUCCCUUCGGAGCUUGAAUGGAAUAGACCUUUGAGUAUGUGGGGAUAUCGUGAAACUAAAGGAGUGACCCUUCUGCUCUCGCAGAGCUCUUGUUCCUCUUAUUCCUAUUUCCUUUGAACACCUUUUUCUUCUUGGGUCAUCCUAUUUUCCUGUUUUCCUGAUCUGUGACCCAGUAAAAUAGAAUGAGAUAUUAGAAAUCUUGCAAACAAAAAAUUGCACUAAAGUUGUAGAGCUAAAAUAAAAAAUAGGAGUGGAACACAGGCAACUUCCUGUGUUUGUCUAAUUCCCCCCUUGAACAACUGUCAGCAUCCUGGCAAUUUAGCAAGUCACAUGACUGUAGCCCUCCCUGGACUACAGUCAUGUCCAGCCCUCCCUGGACCCUUGCAGGGGCCCCUUCCAAGCUGGAACCAGGCCUGACAUAUGCUGCAGAUUUUCUCUGCACCGUCUGUGCAUCUUUGCAAGUGAACUGUCUUUGCAAGUAAAAAUGGUCUGCAGUCAACCCAUUAUGGAUGGGGUCCUUUGCUGGUCAGGAUCUGAGACUUAAGGAAGGGUGGCCAGAGGGUGACCCACCCGUGUCCUGGGUGGCUCGUGGCUCGGGAGGGACCUCAGUGGACAUGAGAGGGCUGCAGCAUGUGCCGGGAAACAAAGAAACAAACCAGACCGCUGUGCUCCUUGGCGUUGCCUGAACGCUUUUCUUCUUCCGCUGGAGACUCUGAGAAGCGUGUUCACAUUCGAACACUCGCUCGAUCCUUUCAUUUCUGAAUUGCUUCUUGGGUCGCAGGCCUUUUCAGACUGCAAAUGGCUGGCAGGAUUGCGUGGCCUGGGGCAUGGGAAAUAACUUUUGGGACUGCUUUUGUAAACGCAUUUCCCCCGCUGCCCCAGACAGUCGUCCGUUGCAGCCACUUUUGUGCCAUGUUGAAAAUGUUUGUCCUUGUGCGUGCGGCCAGGUUUGAACGAAGGCGGCAAGUGCAGGUUCCUGAUGUGGAUGGAAUGUGCCAGUCCUUUCUGUGCAACUUUUUCCCUCCUGUGGAACAGUGGCUUGUGUGCGAGGUUUCCUGUCCAGGGCCGUAGCUUCACCUCGAUUCCACUGGUGGCCCGUUUUGUCAUCCGUAGCAUUUGCGUAGCCAAGUGCAGCGUAAUCGGGGCAGCGACGCUGCAAUCCCAGCCACAAGGCAGUUCAGACGACUGUCGGUUUCUGCUCAGAUUCUGCGGUCCAGAUGAGCUGGCCACCUGCUGCUCUGUUCGGUGCUCUUUUCACGCUUGCAAAACUGUGAUUUCCACUGUGAUCCAAAGGGGAAGUGAAUCAAAACCCCUUCAUAACAUAAUACCUCAUUGGUGAAUGGCCCAGUUAAAAUUUCCUUGCAGUGAAUAACUUGCCUUCAGUGAAACUCAGUAAAAACUAAACUUAGCUGGAUUGGGCCAGUGUGUCCCCCCUCAGUUUCAGAGAAUGCUAAGCUGAUUGCUUGCCUGCGGUAAGUUCUUGAGAGGGGAAGGAUGGGUGUCGUAGCCCUAAGCUUGCAAAAAGAAGGAACCCUUCAAAAUGUGAAGUGCUGCAAUGGCCCACUUGAGUCUCUCGCUACGCGUGAAUCUUGCCAAAAGCAACAGCAUGAAAUCGGCAUGUCCUGAACCGUGUUGUGGCUGCUCGGGAAACCGCUCGCUGCUUAGCUGAAGACACAAAGAUGACAUUUAGACUAGACCCCGUGUGUAUACGCCAUGGAGCAAAUGCCAUGGAACUCAGUUGGAUUUCUUUCUUAUCAAGUAUGCCUAAGAUUGAAGUGUAGGAGAUCAGAGGAAACUGGAAGAGCUGACAUUUUGUUAGUGUGCACACCUGACGUUCAGGUACGUCUUGUGGAAAUGUGUUUUGCAGGAUGCUGCUGCUCUAGAGGUGAUGGCAGGCUAUAUUGCAGCGCUCCGUCUGUCAUCGGAAAGUGUCCUGAAGAUUUGUUCUGCAGCAGACGUUGCCCAGAUUGGUUUUCUUCUGUGUGUGCACUUACUGUUUUCCUUUGCCGAAAUGUGCAUGGACAGUUGCCUUGAUCAGGUACAGAUGGGUCAUUCUGUGAGUGGAACAGCUGCUUCUGCUCGCAGGAUGAACUGGGAUGGAGCAGAGGCUGCUGCCUGAGAAAAAGGGGGAGUGGUCAACUUUGCUGGUUCCCCUACAAACUCUACAACACCUGUGGUUCUGUCCCCCUCCAGACCAGCUUUUCGGGAGGCUCAAAGGGCUACGGGGUGAAGGAGGAAUCUCGAAGGCGGUGUCUUUCCCCUCUGCCCUCCUCUUCCCCUCCUCUUCUGCAUCCAGCCCCAAACCUAUUAAUCAGAAUUUUACUGUAUUCCAGAUAAGUCCACACAAUUGUCGGUUUCAGUCCAUUAUAUCCUGCUGUGAACGUCACAGAUUCCCCAGGUGCUGUGUUGGCUUCUUGAGGCUUAACAUUAUGUCCAUGGAAUGAAGACAUUCCAUGCAGAUCACACAGAUCAGUGAGGACUGUGCCAGCCUUGCUUCCAGUGCCUUCAAAGAAAGCCUAGAGCUGAUCAGAGGCGGAGUACGGAAGAGCAGUGUUGCUGCGUGAGUGGCCAUUGGCCGGUGCCAACGAGAAGUCGCUCGAUGGUGAGCAGGUGCACCGCAGGCUCGCCGCAAGGACACGCUGCAUCACAGCGGCCUGCCAGACAAUUCUGACAGUUCCAGUUGGGGCCGGAAUGGCUUUUGUUACCGCCACUUGCCUUGUGUGGCUGGUCUAAAACUGCUGUAUUUGGCCAGGAUGAGGCCCAGGCAGAACUGUGCUGACACGGGGCAGAAGUGCAGAGUCGGCUGCGUGCGUUGUUCUUGGGCCUUUCCUUCGGCCUCGUUGAACUGAUGGCCCGGCAGUCCUGCCUAUGGCCGGGCGGCAUUUCUGGGCUGCCAGUCGUCCUCUGAAAGCGGCUGGCACAGGGAGCUCGUUGUGAGCGACAGCAAAAGAGGAAAGCGGCAGCGCCGGUUGUGCUUUCAGCACAGGAGGUCUGCUUAGCUCAGAGCUCUGUGUGGCCCCUGUGUGCGUCCAGAUCCCCAGGUGGGCAGAGCUAGGAUCGUCUUCGGGAUGUCGGAGUUCGCUGUUUGUGUAGUGGCGGAUUCCCGGUGGUCUUUGCAUGGGAAGCAGGCUUAGCCAGGAUUGUGAUGUGGGGCUUUCCUAAAACUGGGCUGGGAAGCCUUGCACAAGCAGAGCCCUUCCUUCCUCUCAUUUUCCCCUCAUGUCUUUCCUUUCUUUACUACCCAAUAGCCUAAGUGCUGGGAGGAGUUCCCAAAAAUUACAGAAUGAAAAUACAGCACAGCUUGGGCAUCAUAUGAUAACUUUCAUAGUCAAAGAGCAUAUAAAGCAGCUACAGAACACAAGAAAUCAGCUGAUGUUUUCUCUGCAGGCGGUGGUGAGGUUGGCCCCAGGCCAUUUUGCCAAGAGGGCGUUCCAUGCCUGGGCUCCCAUCACAGGGGCCUUCUUCCUUGCUGCCGUCCUCAGAGAAGGUGUGGUGGAGGGUCUCCAGCAUGCAAGCAGAUUCAUACUAGGAGAGGAACUCCAUGAGGCACUGAGGUCCCAAGCUGUGUAAGGCUUCAAAGGUUGGAUCCAGGCAAGAAUCGGUCCAGGCAAAGGUUAGAUCCAGGCGAGUCGGCAAGAAUCGGUGGCACAUGCUUGGACCUCCUCGUUCUGUCGGUCGAUCUGCCUUUUGCCCAAGUUGCAGCUUGCAGACUCUCCAUGUAGAAGACAUGCCAUCUUGAAGCUUGGAAGUCAUGUGAGCAUAGACUGCCAGCACCAAGGGGCCCCUGUCCAGAUCAGGGAGGCCACUCAAAGCUGGCAGAAGGCGCUCCACGUCACAAGGCCACCUGGGCUUCACGGGAUGGAGGUGGCUCCAGGAGGCCCCUCGAGCUUUUGAUGUGCUUCUUCCAUCCAAAACAGGUUGACCUCAUGGGCAGACCCUGGCGCCAUCCCUAUGGGCAGGUGCACAUUUAGUCAUAGUUACCAGAAUAUGAAUAGAAAUAGGUGCACCUCACCAGGGUGGGUGAAACUGGCCAGCUGGUCAUGCUGAUACGUCUCUGUCUAGGUCAGGGGUCCUCAAAC